AGCUGUUGUCCGGAGAUCGCUGUGACCGUGCGGUUGCCGAGCGUUUUGGAGACGUGGAGAGGUGCAUUUAGGGGUUCGAUGAUUGCAUCUGGAGGAGUGCGUUAAGACUUUUUGGUCGAAGAAAGCUAUUAAGCUUCUUAUGUGGGUGAUUUUUUUUUUAAAAAAAAAAUAGCAUUUCGGUUUACCUGCUUGACUCCGUCUCCUCAACAGAUCUUAACUCCGCCUCUCCAUCUGUUUGGUUUUUCACGGCCAGCUCUCGGGUUGGGGAGUGCUCUGUAUUAUUAUGAUUGUUAUUGCUCUUGCGGCCAUUCUCUUGUCAUCCUCGAUUUGAUUCGUUGGCAUGGUGCUUUAAUAGAUUGAGUGGGAUUAAUGGGUAAACACGAUGUUCUAGUCUCUAAUCCUGGAGUAAAUACCUUAUGGCAAUUUCUAGCUUUCUGUCCUCAAAGCAGUGAAACUUUUGUUCUGAAAUUUUAUGGACCUAGAAGAAAGUUCUAUUCAGAACUGUGGGACUAGUUUUGUUACCAAUAAUAUGAAAGCCUCCGAGUUUAGCCCGGAAAAGAAAAGAAAGGUUAAAGUACCAGCAAGGAGACUUCGUGAGGUGAUUUCUCCAAAUCAGGGAGGUACUUUGUCUUUGCUGAAAGAUGAGCUGUCCUGUGUUCCUCCAGCGUUGUCUGCAAAUAAACGUCUUCAGGCUACAACGGGGACUAGCCUGAAUGGAACGUUACGUGGUUCAUCAGACUUAUCCUCUGGUAGAAAUUAUCAGCAGCCUCCAUUAGAAAAUCCCACUGUGUCAGAAAGUGAGUUUUCUAAAGAGGUUGCAGUGCAAGGGUUGCCUUUGGAUAAAGCGGAAGAGAGCAACAGACAAAAAGCAAAUGACAUCUUUAUUUCUCAGUUCACUGUGGGACAGAAAGAUGCUCUAAGAGCAGUUCUAAAGCAAAAAGCUCAAAGCAUGCCUGUUUUUAAGGAAGUGAAGGUACAGCUUUUAGAAGAUGCAGGCACAGAAAAGGACGCUGUUUCUCAGGAGAAUAGAACUUCGCCCAGCGGAAUUGACUCAGCUGCCACUGUCGCUGCAGCCACUGCUGCCGCCAUUGCAACAGCAGCUCCACUGAUAAAAGUGCAGAGUGAUUUGGAAGCAAAAGUCAAUUCUGUUACAGAGUUACUCAAUAAGUUACAGGAGACUGAUAAACAGUUACAGCGUGUUACAGAGCAGCGAACAAGCAUUCAGAAUAAACAUGAGAAACUACAUUGUCGUGAUCAUGAAAAGCAAAUGAAUGCAUUUAUGGAACAGCACAUUAAGCAUCUUGAAAAGUUACAACAGCAGCAACUAGAUAUGCAGACUCAUUUCAUUAGUGCUGCGUUCAAGACUGGUCAUUUUCAGCCUGUUACUAUGCCUGCUCCUAGAGCAGUGGAAAAAUAUUCUGUAAAACCAGAACAUUUAAACCUUGCUAGCAGUAAUCUAUCUUCAUAUAACACGUUUGCUUCCAAACAAGCACCUUCGAGAGACAUUGAUGAUAAGAUUUUUGAUAAACAGAAAUCUCCUUUGGAGACACCAGCACCUCGCAGGUUUGCUCCUAUACCCGUUUCAAAGGAUGAUAAAAUAGCAAAGAGGGAAAAUCCUAUGGAAGAAAAAGAAAAUAUGGAGAUGUCAGGUCAUACAGGAAAUGUAAGACUAUUGGAGGAAAUUUUGAAUAAUCAUGAUUCUUUGACAAGAAAAAAUGAAUCUUUGGGCAAAACCUCACUAACUAGGUCAAAAAUAGGAUGGAAUCCUGAGAGGAGAGACAGCACUGACACUCUGUCCUCUCAAAGAUUUCCUUCCUAUGAAGAACUAGGAGCAGCUAAAGUGACUGUGCAGAAGUCUGAUGAUGUUCUUUAUGAUCUUGGCCAAAAGAGGAAAGAAACAAAUGGCAUACUCCAGCCGAAAGAAUCUCUGAUUAUGUCGAGACUUGCUGAUCUUCCACAGAAUUCCAUUAAGCUUCAAAAAACCAGUACAAGAUCUGUAUUGAAAGAUGCUGAGAAGAUUUUGAGAGGAGUCCAGAACAAUAAAAAAGUGCUUGAAGAAAACCUGGAAGCCAUUAUUCGUGCAAAGGAUGGAGCUGCCGUGUAUUCAUUUAUCAAUGCUCUAUAUACCAACGGAGAGCUGUCAGAGAAGAUUCGGAUCAGAAAGACAGUGGAUGAGUGGAUUAAAACUAUUUCUGCAGAAAUUCAGGAUGAACUGGCAAGAAAAGACUAUGAACAAAAGAGGUUUGAUCAGAAGAAUCAGAGGACCAGGAAAGCUCAGAAUAUGAGUAAAGAUAUUAAAACCAACACGCAAGACAAAACAGUAAACAAUUCUGUAAUUCCAAGAAAACAUUGUCAGAAACAAAAAGAGGAGCACGUUAGAAAUCCUCCUGUGAGGAGCAAGCCCGCUGCAGGCUCACAGAAAGAGAGAAGAGAAGGAUUUUUGAAAACAGCCACGGUGAUACAAGAUGAGGAUUAUAUGCUGCAAAUUUAUGGAAAACCAGUUUAUCAGGGCCAUCGCAGCACUCUUAAAAAAGGACCAUACCUCAGGUUUAAUUCUCCAUCUCCUAAGUCCAAACCACAGAGACCAAAAGUAAUAGAACGAGUUAAAGGCACUAAAGUCAAGUCCAUAAGAACACAAACUGACUCUUAUGCAACAAAACCCACAAAGAUGGAUUCUAAGCUGCAACGUUCUGUUGCUGUGGUGCCCCCUGGUGAGCAGCAGUAUGUGUUCAGUCCAAGCCGAGAAAUGCCUACUUUUUCAGGUACACUGGAAGGUCACCUGAUUCCUAUGGCAAUUCUUUUAGGACAAACCCAGAGUAACAGUGAUUCCAUGCCACCUGCUGGAGUGAUUGUCAACAAGCCACACCCUGUAACAGUGACUACUUCUUUCCCUCCAUCAUCUCAGAAAACAGAAACCGGAGUAAAGAAACCUAACAUAGCAGUUGUAGAAAUGAGGUCGGAGAAGAAGGACCCUCCUCAGCUUACUAUGCAGGUAUUACCCAAUGUAGAUAUUGACAGCAUUUCGAAUGGUAGUGCUGAUGUCAGUCCAUCUCUGCCUAGUCCAAAGGAAGCGUGUCCUCCUCCUCUGAAAACCUGGAUACAGACUCCAGAAUUUACAGCGGUAGAUGAAGAAGAGGUGAAGUUUCCGGGAACUAACUUCGAUGAAGUCAUUGAUGUCAUACAGGAAGAGGAAAAACGUGAUGAAAUUCCAGAAUACUCUGAACCAAUUCUGGAGUUUAACAGAAGUGUUAAAGUUGUUUCUACAAAAUAUAAUGGUCCUCCAUUUCCACCAGUUGCUUCUACUUUUCAGCCCACUGCUGAUAUUCUGGAUAAAGUAAUUCAGAGAAAAGAAACAUUGGAAAACAGCUUAAUUCAGUGGGUGGAACAAGAAAUAAUGUCAAGAAUUAUCUCUGGGCUCUUUCCAAUCCAACAACAGGCCAUAGCUAAUGUCAGUGUUUCAGUCAGUGAGGCAAGUGAACCAUUGACUUCUGACAUUGUGGAAGGAACAAGCAGUGGUGCCCUCCAGCUUUUUGUGGACGCCGGGGUCCCUGUGAAUUCAGACAUGAUUAGCCAUUUUGUGAAUGAAGCUCUUGCUGAGACCAUUGCUGUCAUGCUGGGUGACAGAGAAGCAAAGAAGCAAGGUCCUGUUGCUACAAGUGUUUCUGGAGAUGCUUCAGCAAGCAGAACAUACUUGCCGGCCAGAGUGUGUACCCCAGUGGCCACCCCACAGCCAACUCCUCCUCGCUCCCCUUGCUCACCUCCUAAGGAGUGUGUGUUGGUAAAAACUCCAGAUUCUUCUCCCUGUGAUUCAGAUCGUGAUGUAGCUUUUCCUGUCAAAGAAAUAUUUGCUGAAAAAGGAAAUGAUGUGCCUGCCGUCACACUUGUUAACACCCCUGCUGCUACACCUCCUCCUGCAGCAGCUCUUACCCCAACUUCGUCAGAGAUUUCCAUGGACAAAUUGAAGAUAUCAAGCCCAGAGCCUCCCAAGCCAUGGAGUGAUGGAGACCUGCCACUGGAAGAAGAGAAUCCUAACUCUCCUCGGGAAGAGCUCCACCCACGAGCUAUUGUAAUGUCUGUGGCCAAAGAUGAAGAACCUGAGAGUGUGGAUGUCACUGCUCAGCCUGCACCUCCCAAGCCAGUUCCCUUUACGCCACUUCCUGCUGGCACCAAGGUCCCUUCCCCCAUACAGAUGCCCAGUUCUGACUCAUCAACCAUGGAGAGCACCUUGAGCGUUACUGUCACUGAAACCGAAACUUCAGACAGACCUAUCUCUGAAGGAGAGAUUUUAUUUAACUGUGGUCAAAAAGUGGCUUCCAAGAUUUUAGGAGAUGGAGGAUUGUAUCUCACAAACCUAGAUGAUAGCUUAUCCAGUACUCUGCGUGAUGCCCUUGAGAUGGAAGAUGAUCCUCCCAGUGAAGGACAAGUGAUUAGGGUGCCCCGUAGAAAAUUUCACGCAGAUGCAAUUCUUCCUCUUCUUGUUAAACAAAACCAGGAAUCGUUCGUUUCACAGCAAGCAGUCUAUCACUCAGAGGACUUGGAACACAGUGUGGGUGAACUUAGUGACGGACAAAGGCCCGGGCUGACAGCAGCCGCAGAGAGCGUUCUAAUGGGACACGCUGUUUAUAUGCAGCAGCCUGUUCCUAACGCAGAGUCUUUGGAUCAAAAAUAUGCUCCUAAGCCCUUAUCUCAGCAGUUUGACACGGUGACAGGUGGUGUUUAUGAAGAUUCCUGUGCUAGUCAUGGUCCAAUGAGUUUGGGAGAAUUGGAGUUGCAGCCAAAUUCUAACCUUGCCCUUCCCACAUCACUUCUGACAACACAGGAAGAUGAUGUUAAGUUAUCAGUAACACCUGAAGAUUUUCCUCAGUACCAACAAAAGCCAGACCAAGAUGUUAAGCAAGUUGAACACAAGCCAGUACAAAGUCGUUUAAUACGUGUAAGAAAUAAAUCCGAUAUUUCACUUUCACAGCAACAAGGUGAUAUGGAUCGGACACAAAUUGAGCCCAAUCUGUACCUCACAUCUGUAUUUACAGGUGGUAAAGCCGUGCCACUCUUCACUUCUCAGGCGUCACCCGCCAGGAUGUCCGUGACACUGCCCUCAGUGACCCUGGAGGAGUGCUCUCGGUCUCAGAGCGCCAGCACCAUCCAGGGGGACACAGAGUCCUCAGGAGCAGAUGCCUUCUGAAUGGGAAGCAAGAACCAGGAAAAUAUUCGUGCCACUGGUUUUGAGCUCAUUUUUCUCUGGCAUAAAACCAUCUCUCAGACUAUUUUGGUCUUUGAGCAUAUUCUGAAAAAUGAUUACUAAGUUUUUAUUAAAAUGAAAAGCAUAAUUUGGGUAUUUAGGUAAAAUUUUUAAAUAAAAUAAUUUAAAUGUCAAUCAUCAUGAGUCUGGCUGUGGGUUAUUUCUUAGAAUCCUGAGGCAGCAUGGAAUAGUGGAAAGGGCAUGACCUUUGAUGUCUAAGAAUUUAUUCUACAGAUGCAGUUACCUGUACAUAGUUAUGAAAUAUGUUGCUCAAGGUUAUUCAUUCCAAAUUUUUUAUAACAGGAAAUAAUUGGAAACAAUCUAAUGCCUGUUGGUAAAGGACUGAUUAAAAAAGUGCUGGUGUAUCUGUACAGUGGAAUGCUAUGUGGUACAGAAGGAAUUUGAAGAUGUUUGUGUCUCGAUAGGGAAUUAUCUCUGAGCUACAUUGUUAAAGUAAAAGGAGCUUUGUGCAAAAUAGUGCGUGAAUUAUGCCACCAUUGUUUAAUAUAGGGUGGAGGGAAGUCCAAAUAUAUGGUGUCUACACCCUUAUGCUUACAUACAUGUAUUUGCAUAUGGACACGUUAAAUCUCUUUGGAAGGAUAAACAAGAAACACUAACUUUGUCUCCAGGGAGGGGGCCUGAGGGGCAGUGAGAGAGGCUGAGUGAUGAGAAUCGAGGUUGACCGUAGCUCCUGUGUACUUGAAUGACAGUUGUGACAGGAAAAAAUUAUGAGUGAGGUUAAUUUUUUAUAUAUCUUAUAAACCUUUAUACUUUAUAAACCUGUGAAACAUGUGACUGAUUACUUUUCAAGGCAUAAAUACAUAAAAUUAAAAUAAAAACAUGGCUUUAUAA